CUUCUCUCCGGGAAGCAGAAUUAACAGGUAAACAGAAGUCGAUCGUAUGAAAGUAAUAAGCUUUCGAUAUUGUGCGUACGUUAUGUUCUUAUACUCUUUCAAGAAGUGAUUUGUUUAUUUUAGUCUCACAAGAAUCCCUUAACGAUUUAAACGUUGUCACGCGCCUGUGGAGCACUGCGGCUUACGUAAGCUUUUCUAGCUAAAAGGAUCAUAACCAACUGAGGUAUAUUGACGCUGAUAUUUGGAAAGAUUAAAUAGUUGAACCUAUUUUUGUUUGGUUUGAAUUGUGUUCAGGACAGUUUGACUUGGCAAAGACGAAGGGGAAACGAUGUCUGGAAGUUUUUAUUUUGUCAUGGUUGGUCAUCAGGACAAUCCUGUGUUUGAAAUGGAGUUCUUGCCAGCUGGGAAGUCUGAAUCAAAGGAUGACCAUCGUCACUUAAACCAGUUCAUUGCACACGCCGCCCUGGAUUUGGUGGAUGAAAACAUGUGGCUGUCCAACAAUAUGUACUUGAAAACUGUGGACAAGUUCAACGAGUGGUUUGUUUCUGCCUUCGUCACUGCAGGACAUAUAAGAUUCAUCAUGCUGCAUGAUGUGCGACAAGAAGAUGGAAUCAAAAACUUUUUUAAUGACGUUUAUGAUUUAUACAUUAAGUUUGCGAUGAAUCCAUUCUAUGAAAUCAAUGCACCAGUCCGCUCAACAGCUUUCGAGAGGAAAGUACAGUUUCUUGGAAAGAAACAUCUCCUGGGUUAAUCACUUCACAUGCACAAGGAUUUAAUGCAUGCGCUUGUCUAUUUGUUGUGUAUAUACCUAACACAUAUUUUAUGUCUUUCUUUUCCUGUUGCAAAAAUCUAAAUGUAUUCAACAGUUUCCUAUAAAACAUUUUCUUGUCUGA